CUAAACUUAAAAUAAUUAAAUAAAAAGACAAAAAUGGUAAAAUUACAAGCUAUUUGCCUUUUCUUUUUGGUACUUAAUGUAGGAUUUACUGUCUGUGAUAAUAAUGCAUCUUAGUCAGUACCUUAAUAUUUAGCUUUAGUAGCUGACACUAAAAUUGCAAGUGCAUAAGUUUAAGAUUUCAUCGUAUAAUAAAUGGCUAACUUAAAACAAAAAUACCCAGAAGCUGCUGCUUUGAUCGACUAAGACAUGAAAUCUUUGUCUACUGCUAAUCCAACCUUACCCUGGUAAAACCCAGCUGACUUCCACACUACAGUUUUCUAUCUUGGUUAUGAUCCUAAAAACAUGGAAUCAGAAUACUAUAAGCAAUUUGUACCUGGUAAAACUUACACUCUCCAAUCUUCUACAUUUGUCUAUGUUCCUGGAGCUAUUAUGUGCACACCCGUUUUCCCCGCUCCUUCAAUUAAUAUUGCCAACAAAUGUCCUCACAUUACUUUAAAGAUUGAUAAGUUUUAAGCAUUCUAGUCUAAUGCAGUUUUAGAAUCUUUGUUUACUAACAAUGGACCUCUUCAAACUUAAUACUAAAAUGGAUUCUUCAUGUAAUAAGAAUAAACUCUUACUCAAAAGAUUUAAAACGUUAAAAUAGGCAAUGACAUAGUUGAUAUCUACAUCAUUAAAACAAAUUACAAUACUGAUAAACAUAUUGAUCUUAAAGCUACUUCUCAAUAUUGUGAUGAUGCAAAGCCAAAAGAAACUAGUUCUACCUCUUCUAAACAACUUGAUUUCUUUUUAUCUAUUAUGAUUGCUGCCCUUUCUUAUUUAUUAUUUUGA